GAUAUAUAUCUUAUUAUAUCUUAUUAUUAUAUGUAAUAAAAUAAAAUCAGUAAAAAUAAUAAAUAAACAUGCAUAUAUAUAAAUAUACGAACGAAUGGACUAAUAACGAAUAAUGAAGAUAUAUGUAGGUGAUGAUAUAUUAUUCGUUCGUAAUAAUAAUGAGUAGUAGAUAGUAGUGUUAACACUUACGUAUCGUACCUUCGUGUUAAUUAAUCAUAAUUCGAAUGCUGAAAACCUUGCCAAAGAUUGAACUUCUUUGCGUCGCGGGCCAUCAGCCCGCUCAAAGCACGCGGAGACGCAAUCCAAUCAGAGUUGAUAAUCCCGCCGAAAGCCCGCGAGUUGCAUCACCGUCAAUUGCGCGACCUCUGGACGACGCGGCAUUGUCCAACACUCGACCUGAGUUUCUUCACAGGAAAGCAAACAGACGGUCACUCGGGCUUGUGACGCUCCCAUGCUUUUAUUCCCUCCAACGAUGCUUUCCAGGCAGUGCUGUACAGUAUAUGUUUCCCUCCCACGCUGUUGCUCGCGAGAUCUCUCCUUUUUCGCCGCUAAUUGAAAGUGUUGAGCAAAUCCGCGACGCAACUCGUGAGCUCGAGGCCAUGCAAGAUUCUCUUUGUACAAGUGCGGCACUCGGUACUUCUCCCCCACUUCAAAAUUUAAAGCUUCGACUUAGGUCAAAGCCUCUAUCAGAUCUGACAUCGGCGGCUCAAAAUAUAGAUAAAUAUAUUGAUAUCGUACCGUUAGAUAACUGGGAAGAGGUGAUAUGGAUGUCCAUGGAGGAUGAUAGGUUUGGAUAUCGGAAUGAUCGAAAGAUGAGCGCCCAACGCCUUCCAGGUAUUGAGAGGCCAAAUGAUUUCUUAUGUUUCCUUUUUAGUUGUUUCAACGAUCCAAGAGCGCCGCCAAGUACAAACAUGCUACUGUCCUUGAAAUUGCUCGAAGAUGGAGUUGACAUGGGGAUUCGAGGAGAUAGGCGGAUUAAUGCAGAGGGUCUCAGUUCUUCUGUGUCUGAUGUGAAGGAAAAGGUUGAGGCUUAUCUGACUUUUUUGGAAAGUUUGAAUGUCGCCAUCCCAGAUCCGACAACAAGAUGA